ACACAUAUUUGAGUAGUGCCGUGUGUUUCAAAUCAAAAUCAGAUAAUUUAAAUAUAUUUUUUGUAUAUUAACGGCCUCUAAGAAAAAUUAACCAUCUUUAGUCUAUACCACCCUAAAAAAAAAUUAGAUAAAUUUUAUGUUUUCAAAAAUUUACAAAAAUGUCGAGUAUCAAGAAAAGACCAACUUACAGCACUUGCCAGGAGAACAAGUCAACAACCAGUCGAAAGCGUUCAAUUUAUAGCAAAAUCGGAGCAAGCAAUAAUAAGGAGAGAAAACGCUGCAAUUUAGUUGACAAGGGGAAGAUUAGAAGAAAUUGCUCCGAAGCGGACUCAUUAGUUUCCCACUUGCGUUUGACCUGCUCGACGGCGCCAAUUGUGCGUCCCUGUAACUGCCACGGAAAGGAGUUGCAUGAGCUUACGCUUGGCCAGGACUUGACCACAUAUCUCAAGGCAUUCGCACUCAUCUAUGUGUUGCCCGAGGAGGAAUGGACAGCCGAGUAUAUCGACAAGUUGCUGCUCGAGGGCGAGCAGUUGUUCCAGACGACCUGCUCGGAGGAUGAUGACCAUGCCGAUGGACCUGAGCAUCAGGCCAACAUUGGUGACAGCCCUGAACAGCCCAUCAAGCGCAACUUUAAGCUGGAAGGGCACAACUUUACGCUGGAACUUAAGUCACCGUACAAGGGUGAAAAGAAGAAACCCUCCUCUCAGCGGCCUCAACACAUUAUCAGAAAUCUCAAACCGGUGCUGCAAGAAUUCUUUCGAUCUGCCCAUUAUUGCAUGCUGCUCACAAAGGCGGGAUAUCUUUUAAUAUGGCGCCGCCGCAAAGUUUACUUUGUGAUGGAUGUGAAGGGUCGUCGCCGUGAGGAUUUGGUCAGCGUUAGGCAUGGCGUUGCAAUGUUGAUCUGCUUGCAGUCCAUCGACAAGGUUGUCCAUCUGAUCACCCAGCUCAGUCCAGUCUCUUAUACCGAUAAAUUCUACAUUCGAGAACUGGCCGUCGUCCGCUUGGUGACGCCCAAUGGACGAGUUUUUAUGCGGGAAUCCGAUUCGCAGCCUGUUGAGUACAAGGUCAUCAAUCAGAACUAUGCCUACCUCACCAGUCAUCUGCAUCUAUCUUUGAAUCCGGAUAAGAAGUUGCGCAAUCGCAGUAGUGUUGUAGUUGCCGUGGCCGCCAUUCUGGCAUCCAAGAUUGAGCAUCCCGCCUCAUGGAGCACUAGCAUGUUUGAUCGUCUCAUUUGUUAUGGCGUCGAGAUUUGUCGCAGUUGCUGGACCGACAAACGUGUCUCCAUCGAUCUGAGCAAUUUCCCCUCUCAGCUGCGCUUGGGUCAGUUUGUUGUGGAACUGAAAUUGGGCUCAAAUGUAUUUACUGGUCUCUGGAGAUACUCUGAUGAUAUUCAAAAGGACAACAAACUGGAACGUGAAAUUCAGCAGACCUUGAAAGCCCAUUGCAAUGCACUGUUUCAGAUAAACAGUCAGACCUAUGCAAUGUGGGUUAAAGAGAACUUUUACUACUUGCUCGAUCCCUAUCGCCACACCGUGGUAACUCCUCUAAAACCAGGAGGUAACGGGAUCGUUUCGGGUAAAUGGUCAACGGUGCGCAUGUUUCGAGAUAUUCUCACCAUGCUCAGCGUCUUCCAUCAAUUGCUCAAGGAGUCCAAUCGCCAAUCUCCAUACUCGAUUCAUGUGGUGCACAUAAAGAACAUCAAAAAGUGUCCACAGGGAUAUUCCUUGAAGCCGUUGCCUGAUGAUGCCAGUUACGAUGUCAAGUCGCUCAAUGAAAAAAUUAAGUUUCCAGAAAAGAUCAAUAACAAUGAGAAUCUACUGAAACAGCUCAGUGAUGAUGAGCCGGAUGAGUCAAGUGAGCAGGAGGAGCACAAAUUGAAGCCACUGGUUGAAAAAGUUAAGAAUAACGAGAAAAUUAAGAAGGUGGAACAUACAAUGCCUAAAGUCAAGUCCACAUUUACUAAGCCACCUAAAGUUACUCCAACUCUACUCAAAGACCGUAGUUUUAUUGAGCUCGAUAUUCCCAAUAGACAGCAGAAUAAGUCUUCAGUCUUAACCAUUGAACAGGAAGAGACCUCUUCAAUGCUUAACAAAUUCAGUCUACAAAUAAUGAAUAAGGAGAAAUUUACAAAUAAAUCCACAUACGUCAAGAUACCUAAUCAUGCUCCCACUCGCUGUGCGUCUCCGAUUUUCAAGCCUUUAGCUGCGGGUGUUAUUAUCAAACCCGAUAUAAAACCACCGUCAGCAGAGCCAAAGAUCCCCAAAAUAAAAAGUCAAGUGCCAAUCACAACAGUAAUUAAGCCGUUGAUACCAAAGUCGAUUUUCUCUGGAACAAAAACGACAAAGAAAUGUCAAAAUCUUUACGAUAAAUAUCGGAAUAAAAACGGAGAAUCUGCUCCCGGAACAAAUUCAAUCCAUGCAAGCUCUGUAGCAACUAGACGAAAGGGAGUUUGGAAUGCAAAGGCCACGGACAACUUGAGCGCUCUUCGCAUUGUUCAGAAGACAAUACUUGGAAAUAAAAAUGCAUUAAAUUCUAAAAAUAUUGACAAACUUAAACAAGUGAAUAAGAAAAAACUUAAAAUUCUAAGUUCACAAACAAGUUUUCAAUCCGCCCAGUUGCCACAUGACUUCAGUUCAGUUACAGAUCGCAUUGCAUUGCCAAGCAAGGAAGUUAGCUAUCCUGUUUAUACAAAGUAUCCACAUGUUCUGGCCGUGGCUGGCUCUGAGAGCGGCACCAUGGAGAGCUUGAAGCGUCUGCUGGACUAUUCUUUCAAGGUGAGCAAUCGAGUGCUCACCAUGACGCCGUGGGGCAACUAUGUGGUCUUUCGAUAUUGCCAUUUGUUUUACUUGUUCGAUGGUUGCACCUGUAACAUUGAUCGCUUUCGCCAUUUGGAUCUGAGCUAUGGAACUGCUGGUUUGCUGCCCUUUAAGACCAAGGGUCAAGUGAUCUGCUACAUGAUCGAUUCACGGGAAUUGCGAGCCUCCAAGAUGCUGCAUUCAACUCUUGACGAUUCUUGUAACCAAUUCGAAGAAUUUCUGGGUCGUAGUGCAUAGAUCACUUCAAAAUUUAUUUUAUACAGUGAACAUUUCUUAAACUUUUUAAGGUGAUUGAAUUCAAAUCGACUGUUGUCCGACUGCCUGUUAAAUUGAAUUGAAGUCUAUUUAAAAUCUGUCUGUACGUCCGUCCGACUGAUCGAAUGCGUCAUUCAUAAAAUAAUGAUAAAGAAAACAAACUUAAUAUCAAAGUUUUCAAAGAUUAUUUUGACUGUCUCCUAAA